UUAAUCUGGACUACUCUAAAUCUAAGUUACAAUGAAAAUGAGGCGAUCGAAUUCAAAAUGACGAAUGUGGUGUGUCACAGCUACAACAAAUCUCUGGUUGCCAUAAACGAGUGCCGACUGAGGGCAAUAAAUCGGAAUAAAACGACGUUUAAUUUUAAUGGAACUUUUCUAUUUACGGUCAACGAAGUUACUCUCGAAUUACAAGUGUUUAAGAAAGCCAAUGGCUACAAGCCUUGGCUCUUUAAAGCGUCAGUCGAUGCAUGCCGUUUCUUAAGGAAGCCAUACAAUCCAUUCGUAAUAAUUGUGUACAAAUUGUUUAAAGAUUUUACCAACAUCAACCACACAUGUCCCUACGUGGCAAGUAUUACUUCAAAAAAAUACUCUCAAAAAGUACCCAAUUCAGUACAUGGAAUCUCCUAGUCGAGCAUUCUCGGCUAGACCACUCUGAUAACUCCAUUAACACCAAAUACCACU